AUGGCACAGGCGCAGCCUUUGGACCUCGCCAGAAUCACCCUCUACAAGAACAACUUGGCAUUCUGUGUGAGGGAAGGCAAGAUUGGCGAUAGUCUUGACGUGGACUUCGAGCUGCGGGUUCCCGAAGCGCGGAGGAAGCUGGUGGUAAACACGCUCUCGGCCUCUGCGCCCCGGGGGGCCUCCAUCAUCUUCGGCAAGGACAAAGCCAUCCUCCCUUCGGGAUCUGGAUCCACCUACCCAUUCAGCCAUGCCUCCAUGGGGAGUUUUCUAGAAUCUUGCCGCGGUGUUCAGCUGACCUUGACUCUGUGUGACAAGAAGACCGUGACGGGCAAGAUGCUGAUGGCAGAGCGAGCACGUCGUGCCAUUGAGGGCUGCAAAGAGGCGGAGGAGUAUGUUGCAACGGUGCAUCUAUUCGAGGAGCCUCAGGGGACCAUUUACAAGGUCCCGUUUGAGCAGAUAGCUCAGGUGGCCCUGGUGGACACAAACAUGCAGGAGGAGCUCAGCAAGUCUCUAAACGCAGCAUUGGCCCAUCAAAUGCCCAAGCCACCGCCGCCUCCGAAAGACAAUCGUGAAGCCAUCUCAAUUCGAGCCCGGGGCGAGUCCUCGAGCGAAGGCGCCUGCCGAGUAUCCUACGUAGACCGUUGCGAAGAGUGGAAGUGCAUGUACCGCCUGGAUCUACCGCGAGAGGAGGCCGACGCGGUGCUGGUAAGCGAGGAUAUGGACGAAGACCCUUGCGUGAUGCUGCACACCUUUGGCCAUGUCCGGAACAGCACUGACGACCAUUGGGUUGACGUGGAACUGGCAUUGGUUGCCAAUGAGCUUUCGAUCUUGACCCUUGGCACCGAGCCUGCCAGACAGGAGCUGGCUAAAAUUGUCAGUGAGUCAAGAGGGGGCAUGCAGAUCUUCAUCAAGACGCUCACGGGCAAGACCGUGACCUUGCAGGUUGACCCCAGCGACCGCGUGGAUAUGGUGAAGAGUAAGAUACAAGACAAGGAAGGCAUCCCGCCGGAUCAGCAGCGCCUCAUCUUCGCAGGGAAGCAGCUGGAAGAUCCCUUCCGGCUCGCAGAUUACAACAUUCAGAAGGAGAGCACGCUGCACCUCGUGCUGCGCCUCCGGGGCGAUGCGUCCUCCGAGCCUGGGAAGGAUGCCUUCGAGUCCCUUGAGGGCCUCGCGACCAAGGGCUUGGCUGAGCAUGUUCUCUACCACGUUCGAGACAAGGUGACCAUCCACUCCAAGGAGACGGCCAUCGUGCCCAUCUUCCAGCAUGGUAUCAAAGGAGACCGAGUCCUCGUCUACGACCCUAAGGAGUCCGAGGUCUGUGUGAAGCGAGCCUUGCACGUGGUGAACACCUCCGGCCACGUGCUCGCAAACGGAAGCGUCAACGUCUUGGACGGUGGCCGCUUUGUUGCGCAAUGCCAGUUUGCCCCCAUGAUUCCUGGUGAUGAUCAACUCUUCGCUCUGGGCGAGGACACAACGCUCUCAGUGACACGAUCCAAGCCAUCUGAGCUGCAGCAGGACUGCGUGGUGCGAACUCGCUUGGACAGGGACGAGCACGGGCAACUGAGUAAAGUCGUCCUUGAGCACCGCAACUGUGUGACCACUCGCUACAGCAUCAAGAACAACGGGAGUCGCGGCGCUCCCUGCUUGUACAUCGAGCACACUGCCCGCACAGACUGCGGAGGCUUCUCCAUCACAUCUACUGAACACCGCGUCAAGCAGACCACCGGAUGGGCUCGAUUCUGCCUCUCCGUAAACCCGGAGGCCGAGCUCGCGCUGGAGGUUGCGGAGGAGGCCAACUAUGAGGAGAGCAUCCCUGCAACUGCUGCCAGCAUCUCAAAGUUCCUCACAACCCGGGCACGACGCUUGCAGGAUGACGGCGUCCUCAGCGCGGAAUGCUUGCGAGCUCUGAAGCAGAGUCUGGGCCAGCUGCGAUUGGCCUCCAUGCUCCAGGUUCUUCUGCAGCCCCGGGGAGUUUCCGAGGAGCAGCUGCUCAGCUGGGAGCAGCGCGACGUCCCCUGGGCUCUGGAUGAGCCGUGUGAAGAUCCAGAGGGCUUCGCGACGGACGUUCGCGAGAUCCUGGCCCAGACUCGGGAACUGCAGCGGAAGGAUGCCGAGAUUCUGGAGAUCCAGCGCAAGCAGAGCCUGGACAGCGGCCGCGUGAACAAGAUCUUCGAGAACCAGAUGCGCCUGCGGGAGAACAUCAAGUCCAUGGAACAUGUUCGGACAGGGUCUCUCCUGGAGCGCUACAUGAAUGACAUGGACAAGGAGGAGAAUGAUCUCAUUGCCACCCGGAAAAGGAUGGAGGAGUCUGAGGAGGCCGUGGCCAAGAUGACCCAGGAUGCCUCAAGGCUCAUGCUCCAAGUUGUCAUGAAGACCAAGCAGCUGCAGAAGAAGGCGAAAUGUCGAUGA